CUGCGGGGAAGGGUGAAGGUGGAAGAUGGAGGCCUUGUGUGGAGGGGUCCUUGGUAGAAGGAGACCCACCUGGGAAGAGUGAGCGCUGCAAGACCCAGCCUGACCGCGCUAAGAUUACUAUGCAGCGCCGGAGCCCGCUGUCUGCCCGGCAAUAGAUGACGUCACUGUUGGCGCGCCCGUGACGUCAGAGGCGGGCGCCACACUUGAAGAGGCUGAGGGAGGCGGUGUCGCCGCCGCGGCGCUGUCAUGGAGCUAGCGCAGGAAGCGCGGGAACUGGGUUGCUGGGCGGUCGAAGAGAUGGGGGUGCCCGUGGCGGCCCGGGCCCCGGAAUCGACGCUGCGCAGGUUGUGUCUGGGCCAGGGGGCUGACAUCUGGGCCUACAUCUUGCAGCAUGUGCACAGUCAGAGGACUGUCAAGAAGAUCCGGGGAAACUUACUCUGGUAUGGCCACCAGGACAGUCCACAGGUCCGUCAGAAGCUAGAGCUGGAAGCUGCUGUGACCCGCCUGCGGGCAGAAAUCCAGGAACUCGACCAGAGCCUGGAGCUGAUGGAGCGAGAUACUGAGGCUCAGGACAUGGCCAUGGAGCAGGCACGUCAGCACACUCAAGACACCCAGCGUCGAGCUCUCCUCCUCCGGGCCCAAGCUGGGGCCAUGCAAAGACAGCAGCAUAGGCUCCGAGAUCCCAUGCAGCGGCUGCAGAAUCAACUGAGGCGCCUGCAGGACAUGGAGAGGAAAGCCAAAGUAGAUGUGACCUUUGGAUCCCUCACGUCGGCAGCUCUGGGCCUGGAGCCCGUGGUCCUGCGUGAUGUCCGAACAGCCUGCACCCUCCGGGCCCAGUUCCUGCAGAACCUCCUGCUUCCCCAGGCCAAGAGGGGCAGCCUCCCAACCCCUCAUGAUGACCACUUUGGCACUUCGUACCAGCAGUGGCUGAGCUCAGUGGAGACGCUGCUGACAAAUCACCCCCCAGGCCACGUCCUGGCUGCCUUGGAGCACCUGGCUGCAGAGCGGGAGGCAGAGAUUCGAUCCCUGUGCAGUGGGGAUGGGCUUGGCGAUACAGAGAUAUCCAGACCCCAGGCCCCGGACCAGUCAGACUCCAGCCAGACCCUGCCGUCCAUGGUUCAUCUCAUCCAGGAGGGCUGGCGGACUGUGGGUGUGCUGGUCUCCCAGCGGAGCGCCCUCCUGAAGGAGCAGCAAGUCUUGACCCAGCGCCUCCAGGGCCUGGUGGAGGAGGUGGAGAGACGCGUCCUGGGAUCCAGUGAGAGGCAGGUGCUGAUACUGGGACUUCGGCGCUGUGGCCUGUGGACAGAGCUCAAGGCCCUGCACGAUCAGAGCCAGGAGCUGCAGAAUGCAGCCGGGCAUCGGCAGCUCCUGCUGAGGGAGCUACAGGCCAAACAGCAGCGGAUCCUGCACUGGCGCCAGCUGGUGGAGGAGACCCAGGAACAGGUCCGCCUGCUCAUCAAGGGAAACUCGGCCAGCAAGACCCGCCUGUGCCGGAGCCCGGGGGAGGUGCUAGCUCUGGUCCAGCGAAAGGUGGUCCCUACAUCUGAGGCAGUGGCACCACAGAGCAGGGAGCUGCUGCGCUGUCUGGAGGAGGAAGUCCGGCAUUUGCCCCACAUUCUGUUGGGCACGCUGCUGCGGCACAGGCCGGGAGAGUUGAAGCCCCUGCCCACGGUCCUCCCAUCCAUCCACCAGCUGCACCCCGCAUCCCCAAGGGGCUCCAGCUUCAUAGCGCUGAGCCACAAGCUGGGGCUGCCUCCAGGGAAGGCCUCGGAGCUGCUCCUGCCGGCGGCUGCCUCUCUUCGCCAGGACCUUCUGUUCCUGCAGGACCAGCGGAGCCUCUGGUGCUGGGAUCUACUCCACAUGAAGACCAGCCUGCCGCCAGGCCCUCCCACCCAGGAGCUGCUGCAGAUCCAGGCAUCCCAGGAAAAACAGCAGAAAGAGAACCUGGGGCAGGCUCUGAAGAGGCUGGAGAAGCUACUGAAACAGGCGCUGGAGCGAAUCCCUGAGCUGCAGGGGAUCGUGGGGGACUGGUGGGAGCAGCCAGGCCAGGCCGCCCUCUCUGAGGAGCUCUGCCAGGGCCUGUCCCUGCCCCAGUGGCGGCUGCGCUGGGUUCAGGCCCAGGGGGCCCUGCAGAAGCUGUGCAGCUGAAGAGAGGGUUCAAACGGAAGCCAAGAACUUGACACUGCUCACCCCAACACCUCACCUCCCCCAGGACAUUUGGAAGAAAGCAGCGCCAGGAUUCCUCAGCAGUCGUCCCCACCCGCACCUGCAGUCCCCUCAUGUGCUGUUCUGCUGCCCCACUCAGCUCCUGGACCCUGUCCUUUCAUCCCGCUAAAGCACCCCCUGAAACCCCUUCAUCACUUUCAUUCUCAGCAAAAAGUAAUUGAGCACCUCCUCUAGGCGCUGGGGAGUCCACACUGAACAAAAGAAACAGAAAACCCUGUCUUCCAGCAGUUGAGUUCUAGGGCAGGGAGACAGAGUUUACAAGAUAAGGAAAAUAUAUAUGUAGUAUGCUGCAAGUUAACUGCUGUGUGGGAAAUCCAGCAGGGGGUGGGAUGUGUGAUUUGAAUUGAGGGCCACACUGCCCAGGUCGUGCUCCGUCAAGGGGUGAGCAGGAGCAAUGGGGGUGGCUGAGUAAGGGCUUGCAGCUCGAGGCAACAGCACAUGCAAAGGCCCUGAGCCAGGAUGUGCUGCAAUAAGGGCCAUUGAGGGGGACAGUAUAGGUUGGGGGUGAGGAAUGUAUUAAAAGAUGAGAUUGCCUUCUA